AACUGGAGCGGGCCCGGAGUAGCUCGGAAGCCCGGCGGUAAAGCAGGGUGGGCGCAGCCGCUGUAGCCAUGGCAGUGGCUGUGGCCCUGGCGGGGGCUGUGACCGGAACGGAGCUAGGCCCCGCGGAAGAACUCGCCAAACUCGAAUAUCUUUCUUUAGUGUCGAAAGUUUGCACCGAGCUGGACAAUCACUUGGGGAUCAACGACAAGGAUCUGGCUGAAUUUGUGAUCAGUCUUGCGGAGAAAAAUACCACCUUUGAUACUUUUAAGGCUUCUCUGGUCAAAAAUGGCGCCGAAUUCACGGAUUCUCUUAUUAGUAACUUGCUGCGGCUCAUACAGACCAUGCGGCCUCCCGCAAAGCCUUCGACUAGCAAAGAUCCCGUCGUUAAACCCAAAACUGGAAAAGAAAAGCUGAAGGAGCUCUUCCCAGUGCUCUGCCAACCAGACAACCCUUCUGUCCGGACCAUGCUGGAUGAGGAUGACGUGAAGGUCGCUGUGGACGUCCUGAAAGAACUGGAGGCCUUAAUGCCCAGCGCAGCGGGCCAGGAGAAGCAGAGAGAUGCUGAGCACCGAGACAAAGCAAAGAAGAAGAAGCGGAGCCGGAGCCGCGACCGUGACCGUGACCGAGAGCGGGACAGGGAGCGGGAGCGAGAUCGUGAUAGAGACCACAAGAGGAGACGCCGGUCCCGCUCUCCGUCGCAUUCUAGGACCCGAGAGAGGAAUAAAGGGAAGUCUAGAUACCGGUCUAGGAGCAGAAGUCAGAGUCCUCUUAAAGACAGGAAAGACCGGGACAAGUAUGGGGAGAGGAAUCUGGACAGAUGGCGGGACAAACAUGUGGACCGCCCUCCCCCGGAAGAGCCUGCCAUUGGGGACAUUUACAACGGCAAAGUUACCAGCAUCAUGCAGUUUGGCUGCUUCGUGCAACUGGAGGGAUUAAGGAAGCGCUGGGAAGGCCUGGUGCACAUCUCCGAACUCCGGCGGGAAGGCCGUGUGGCCAAUGUGGCUGAUGUGGUGAGCAAAGGCCAGAGGGUCAAAGUCAAAGUGCUGUCCUUCACUGGGACCAAGACCAGUCUGAGCAUGAAGGAUGUGGAUCAGGAGACUGGGGAAGAUCUAAACCCCAAUCGACGACGAAAUCUUGUCGGGGAGACCAAUGAGGAGACCUCGAUGAGGAAUCCAGACAGACCCACUCACCUCUCCCUCGUCAGCGCCCCUGAAGUAGAGGACGACUCGCUGGAGCGCAAGCGCCUUACCCGAAUCUCUGACCCGGAGAAGUGGGAGAUCAAACAGAUGAUUGCAGCCAAUGUCCUUUCCAAAGAAGAGUUUCCGGACUUCGAUGAGGAGACCGGCAUUCUCCCUAAAGUGGAUGACGAAGAAGAUGAAGAUCUUGAGAUCGAGCUGGUCGAGGAAGAGCCCCCAUUCCUGAGAGGGCACACCAAGCAAAGCAUGGACAUGAGCCCUAUCAAAAUCGUUAAGAACCCAGAUGGCUCCCUCUCUCAAGCAGCAAUGAUGCAGAGUGCCCUGGCCAAAGAGAGGCGAGAACUCAAGCAGGCCCAGCGCGAAGCUGAGAUGGAUUCCAUCCCCAUGGGGCUCAACAAGCACUGGGUGGAUCCUCUGCCUGAUGCGGAAGGCAGACAGAUUGCUGCCAAUAUGAGGGGUAUCGGGAUGAUGCCCAAUGACAUUCCCGAGUGGAAGAAGCAUGCGUUUGGGGGCAACAAAGCCUCUUAUGGAAAAAAGACCCAGAUGUCCAUCAUUGAGCAGAGAGAGAGCCUGCCCAUAUACAAACUGAAGGAGCAGCUGGUCCAGGCUGUCCAUGACAAUCAAAUCCUGAUUGUUAUUGGGGAGACAGGGUCUGGGAAGACGACACAGAUCACCCAGUACCUGGCGGAGGCGGGCUACACUUCCCGGGGCAAGAUUGGGUGUACCCAGCCCCGAAGGGUCGCCGCCAUGUCGGUGGCCAAGAGAGUGUCGGAGGAGUUUGGUUGUUGCUUAGGCCAAGAGGUGGGCUACACCAUUCGAUUUGAGGACUGCACCAGCCCAGAGACGGUCAUCAAGUACAUGACGGACGGGAUGCUGCUCCGAGAGUGCCUGAUCGACCCCGACCUCACACAGUACGCGAUCAUCAUGUUGGACGAGGCGCACGAGAGAACAAUUCACACCGACGUGCUCUUUGGAUUGUUGAAGAAGACGGUUCAGAAGCGGCAGGACAUGAAGCUGAUUGUCACCUCAGCCACGCUGGAUGCGGUGAAGUUUUCUCAGUAUUUCUACGAAGCCCCCAUCUUCACCAUCCCAGGUCGAACAUAUCCGGUGGAAAUACUGUACACAAAGGAACCCGAGACGGAUUAUCUGGAUGCCAGCUUGAUCACUGUCAUGCAGAUCCAUUUAACGGAGCCACCAGGGGACAUCCUGGUCUUCCUGACAGGUCAGGAGGAGAUUGACACCGCGUGUGAGAUCCUGUACGAACGGAUGAAGUCCCUGGGACCGGACGUCCCGGAGCUGAUCAUCCUGCCGGUGUACUCUGCUCUUCCCAGUGAGAUGCAGACGCGGAUCUUCGACCCCGCUCCCCCUGGCAGCAGAAAGGUCGUGAUUGCCACCAACAUCGCAGAGACCUCGCUGACCAUUGACGGCAUCUACUAUGUGGUGGACCCUGGGUUUGUGAAGCAGAAAGUUUACAAUUCCAAGACCGGCAUCGACCAGCUCGUGGUCACUCCGAUCUCUCAGGCUCAGGCAAAGCAGCGAGCGGGCAGAGCUGGGAGAACGGGCCCAGGGAAAUGUUACAGGCUGUACACAGAACGCGCCUACCGAGAUGAGAUGCUGACCACCAACGUGCCGGAAAUCCAGCGGACCAACCUGGCGAGCACCGUGCUCUCGCUCAAGGCCAUGGGCAUCAAUGACCUGCUGUCCUUUGACUUCAUGGAUGCCCCUCCGAUGGAAACCUUGAUCACAGCCAUGGAGCAGCUGUACACGCUGGGGGCCUUGGAUGACGAGGGCCUGCUUACUCGCUUGGGCCGCAGGAUGGCAGAAUUCCCUCUGGAGCCAAUGCUGUGCAAAAUGCUGAUCAUGUCUGUGCAUCUGGGCUGCAGCGAGGAAAUGCUGACCAUCGUGUCCAUGCUGUCUGUGCAGAAUGUCUUCUACAGGCCCAAGGAUAAACAAGCCCUUGCAGAUCAAAAGAAAGCUAAAUUCCACCAGACCGAAGGGGACCACCUCACCCUGCUGGCCGUGUACAACUCCUGGAAGAACAACAAGUUCUCGAACCCCUGGUGCUAUGAGAACUUCAUCCAGGCUCGCUCGCUGCGCCGGGCCCAGGAUAUCCGCAAGCAGAUGUUAGGCAUAAUGGACAGACACAAGCUGGAUGUGGUCUCCUGUGGCAAGUCCACGGUCCGAGUGCAAAAGGCCAUCUGCAGUGGAUUCUUCCGGAAUGCUGCCAAGAAAGACCCGCAGGAGGGCUACCGGACACUGAUUGACCAGCAGGUGGUCUACAUCCACCCUUCCAGUGCUCUCUUCAAUAGACAGCCGGAAUGGGUGGUGUACCACGAGCUGGUGCUGACCACGAAGGAGUACAUGCGUGAGGUCACCACCAUCGACCCCAGGUGGCUUGUGGAGUUCGCUCCCGCCUUCUUCAAGGUCUCCGACCCAACCAAGCUAAGCAAGCAGAAGAAGCAGCAGCGCCUUGAACCCUUGUACAACCGCUACGAGGAGCCCAACGCUUGGAGAAUAUCCCGGGCCUUCCGACGGCGCUGAGCGGCGGGCCUGCUCUGUCUGCCUCUCCUGCAGCAGUGCCCCGGGGCGAGGACUCGCUUUUAUUGAUGAAAAGCUAGUCCUGAGGAUACAGCUGUCCAGUGACUGAAUAUCUCCACUGGUCAUUUUGUAACUUGGACUCCUUAUGUCUUCCCUGGUGGUAAAACUAGAAACAGGGAUUGACACCUGGUUUGAGCAGAGCCCCAGUCCCGACCAGCGGGACACCUCAAGGCGCUGGGGCCGGCUGGGGCUCGCAGCCCAUGUGGGAGCACAUGGCAUCAUCUCCGCAGGAUGGGCAGCUCAUGGAGCCCUAGGAUGGGACAGCGGAGUCACGGGUGCCUGACGCCCAGACGCGGCCAGGGCCCUGACAGCCGAGCUAGGACUCUGGAGAAAGGAGCCACGGAGCUCACUGACAGUGUUGGCCCCACUUCCUGCCCCUGCCCAGUCCCUGUGCUUUCGCUUCACCUCCUGGAAAUAUUUAUUUUUUUAAGGAAACAUAAAUGGUUUUCUGUGGCUGUUUCUUUUAGCUGCAAGGUUAGGCUAUCGGCCUGAGCUCAGGGUAGGGAGAUUGUGGCCUCGGCGCCCAUGGUGGAGAGUCCCCUGUAACCAGAGCUUGGGGCCUCUCUGGGCUCGGAGGUGAUGCACAGCCCAAGCCUGCAGUCGUAUCUCUGGACACCCGCUCGAGCCCAGCCUGACUCCACGUGGUCCUAUGAUUAACCACAUCCCCUGCCCUGGUCUGGGCGCCCGAGUGGUUACAGAUGCAGCAGGCGGCACACAGGAGCCUCCCUGGCUCCCUCCGCACGCCAUGCGGUCUGCAGCGCAUCCCUUUUCCUUUUGGAACACGUAAGGGACAUCACUGCUUUUGUUUUGUUUUUAUUCCCCCUGCCCAAGGUCACUCCCAGCGCCCCUCUCCCAGCUCCCGAGGAAGCUCUUGACCUUGAAGCACAUCCGACAGAUGCUGCCGGGCCAGGUUUGGAGCUCCUGGAAAGCUGGUCUGGGUGUGGAGCUUGUAGAGAAGCCUUUGCGGGGGUUGGACCCGUCGUACAGAGCUGUACCCCAGAUGCUGGCUUUGACAUUUUAGUAUGUGAAAGAAGGGAGGCUGUCGCUGUGCAGCAAACUGACCGCCCUAAAUACACUUGAGAGUAAUUAA